GAGAGAAACCACGGCUGCGCACAGCGAGUUAGAUAGAGAGAGAGAGAGAGAGAGACCAAGACCAAGGCCAAGGAGCACCGCUCCCCGUACAUCCCCAGCAGGAGAGGGAGAGAGACAGAGAAGGCUGUGCGAAGGGAAGAAGACCCGGCGGGAGAGAAGGGCGACAUGGAGAGGCCGGCGCCCGUGAGGAAGUCCCACACGUCGACGGCGGACCUGCUGGUCUGGCCGGAAGGUGCGCCGCAGGAGUUGCCCGCCGGGUCCACGCCGCCAUCCAACCGCCGGCCGCACCAGCCGUCGGAGGCGCUCAGGAAGGUGGUGUUCGGCGGGCAGGUGACGGAGGCGGAGGCCGAGAGCCUCAACAAGAGUUCUGGUCUAUAGGCUCCGGAAAAGGAAUGGCUAGUAGUGUUACCGUAAUGUGACUAUGGUUUAGCCCUUCAUGGAAUUGCCAUCUCACCAACUAUGUUGGAGUACUGCAAACUGACCGUAGCCAUCAAAAUGCUCCCCGUAAGGAAACCAUGCUCUGCUCCCAAGUGGAAGGAGAUGACAGGAAGCGGUAUAUUUGCAGCUGGGGGCGAGGGUGAAGAAGAUGAAUCCGCCAAUGUCUCUGCAACUUCCGUCCGGACGGCUCCAAAGAAUUAUCAGGCAAUCAGUACUAUAAGCCACAUCUCAUUUGCCGAGGAAGAAAGCAUCUCUCCAAAGAAGCCAACUUCGAUAUCAGAGGUCGCAAAGCAGCGCGAGCUAAGCGGCACGCUUCUGAGCGAGGACGACAGCAAGAUGAAGAGGCAGAUAUCGGACCUGAAAUCCAAGGAGCUCAGCGGCCACGACAUCUUUGCCCCUCCGGAGGAUCCCAGGCCACGCAACUCGGAGAACGGCUCGACCUCGCAGACUCCGGGCAAAAAUGCACACGUAAGCAACUUCAAGUUCGGCGAGGCCGACGAGGACAGCGCGGUGAAGACCGCGAAGAAGAUCCCCACCAAGAAGUUCACCGACCUCGCGGGCAAUAUCUUCAAGGGCGACGACGAGGCACCCGGGACGGCGGAGAAGCACCACCUGAGCACGGCGAAGCUGAAGGAGAUGACCGGCAGCGACAUCUUCGCGGACGGGGAGGCCCCCUCCCGGGACUACCUGGGCGGAAUCCGCAAGCCGCCCGGCGGGGAGAGCAGCAUCGCGCUGGUUUAACAGCAGGGACAAACAACCAGAUGGACAUAGCAGCCCCUCCCCUACAUCAUUCGUUUCUUCCUCAUCGCCGUCGCCGUCGCCAUCUUAGGAGUGAUCUUUUAUUAGGGAGUUUUUUUUUUCGUUCAUUGGAGGACUGAUCGAUUGGAACCCCUGGCUUGCUUUCCUGUUUCCCGUGACUUUCGUCAGGUUUUCGUUGGUAAUCCCCUCCGAUGGUGGUGUUGUGUGGGUAUGACAACAACGAUGGUUAUCUCUAAUUUAACAUUGAUUUGGCUUGGGCUUAC